AACGGAGAAUAACAAAAGGUGGGGCAUAAAGGUAUAUCGUCAAGCGAGAUAACUCGAAAGUUGGAGAGAUCACGUGCUUUUGCACACAGCGCCCCAUAUCAGAAGCUCUAUACUUGGUGAGUUGGCGCCAACAGGAAUUACUACAAUGACUACUAUACAUUCAUACAGCUGCCCCCACUGCUAAUAGGAAGUAAAAAAACACGAGAAAUUAACUAAAAUAAUAUCGACCCAUUUAUGUUUUUAAGAGGUUGGAAAAUAAUUCUGAACAAAAUCCACCCGGAAAGGAAUGUAUUAUGACAAAAAAUAUACGUUAAUUAUACAAGUCGACGAACACUAUUUCAUCUUCGCCUUUUUCCGUUGUGUUUUUUUUCUUUCUAUCACCCUCUCUUACUUCUUUCUGCGAGCCUACUGCCACUACCGCUGCUGCUGCUGUCGUGAGGCCCUGCCAACAUGGCGGACCAGCGAAGUGCUACUGGUAUCAUAGAACAACAUAAUGUUGUUGUGGUUGCCGGAGGUAGUUCUGCUGAAUUGCCUGCGAUGGUUGUACCUACUGGAGACAGUCUGAUUGUAUCAGAAGAAUUAACUGAACAAUCAGUUAACCAAGAACAACAACAAUCCGAAGGUGUCCAAGAUAUUUUGCAGCAGACCAUGUCAGAAACGGUUCCAGAGGAAAGUCUUACUUCAGUCAAAUAUGCACAGUCCACUAUUGACAAUAACAACACUUCUACAGAAAGUGUCGUCAGUGUAGUUGGUCCAGCUGGAGAUAUUGUUAACUCUGUUGUGGAAAAUAGUACCGUUCUUCAAUCUGCUGUCACUACAGAGACCAUUACAUCGCCGUCAGUUACUGGUUCAGUAUCUACUGUGGACACUGUACAACAUGCAGUCAACGUUGUUUCAUCUUUAUCCAUUCCGCAAGUUGUCCACAUUGCUCAGCCGCAAGUGCAAGAAAGUACGACAGGAUCAUCUCAACAGGAACGUGCUACCACUGUGGUUGUUGUUUCCAGACAAAACGAUGACAAAGGACAUCAAGUUGUUGAUGGUGUACUCGUCCCCGAAAUACAUGAAAAUGUCGUUGUUGGAGCCAAUAGCGGUGAAAAUCAGCCAGACACUAAUACUGACAACAGUUUUGUCGAUGGUACUGGGGACUUUUCUAUAGUUACUACUGCAAAUCUCUCUGAACAACCGUCGUCAUUAUCGGAAACUAUGUCUAUGAGUGAAGUAGCAUCAUCUGUGACAGGUGUUGAAGAUGAAGGAGGUAGUGAUAGCGCAGCAACAGCAGUGGCUGCUAAUGCUGCUGCUGCAGGGGUCCAGGAGACAUUUCACCAAGAUUUAGUGAACACACAUACUACAACUUUACCUAUACAUGUCAUUACCACUAACAGAGUAACCACAACAAACAACAACACGGUUAAUAAUAAUAACACCAACAAUGACCGAAACGAUCUCGUACACCAUCAACUUCAGAAUCUGCAACAACAACAGCAGACUGGUGAUGUUUUAGAGACGGAAGAAGAAAUGAUGGGUUCAGAUAUAGGCACACAGAAUAUAGUGGUGGAACAACAAUUUGUAAACAACGAGAACGGAUGUUUGGCGAACGACGAAAAUGCCGACGAGGCAAAUGAUAACAACUCGUCUCGCAAUGGUAUUACACCACAAAACAGUAUCAGCAUCACUCUUGCACCUUCUAAUGAUGAAAGUGGGGCUCCUUUGGGUUCCAGCCAAAACCCUAUCCGUAUUAUUCAACAAGGGAAUCAAUAUACACCGUUGCAGCAGCUGACUACGGAUCAACUACAACAAAUUAUGCAAGUCGUACAGCAACAACAGCUAGCUCGCAGCACGCAAGCUGAGGGUUCGAGUAUUCUGUAUAACCCUCAGACCAACACUAGGAUCGUCUAUAGAGUGAUCUAUCCGUCCGAACUCCACAAAUCUGUUACCAGCGGAGAAGUUGAGAGUUCUAGCUCAGACGGAACUACAUUGCAGACUCGAGUGGAAACUCAGUCACAGGGUCAACAAACAGUGACGUUCAAUCAAUUACAACGGAGACCUUAUCGACGGCGGAACAAAGAAGAAGAGGAGAAAAUAGACGGACCCGAACUAAGCAAGGAAGAGAAAGAGGAACGUAAAAAACAUCGGCCCAGGACUAGGUCAGGUCGUGUAUCGAAACCUCCUAAACACAUGGUAAAAGAUUAUAAACAUAUCCACGUGCUUGAUUGGGACGAGGACUAUGAUGAUUCGGAUGGGGGUUACUCUGAUUUUAAGUACAGCGAAGACGAAGAAGCUGAACGAAGGGCUGCUGCAGCCGCUGCCGCCCGAAGUGGUAAUCUAGAAGUCCUUGAUGAACCUUACAUCCACCCAGGUUUGGGUUCUUCUAAACCAAAGAAUUUUAAAUGUGAACUAUGUUCCAAAGCAUACAUUGGCCGAGCUGGUCUGGCCAGACAUUAUCGUCUGAACCCAUCCCAUGGCCAGCUUUCAGCUGAAGAUGAACUUGAACUGCGAAACCAAGUUUUACAACAUUCUACUGUAAAUGGCAUGGGAAACAGCAGUGGAAAUCUCUCCGAGGACAGCAAUACUCAAGACUCUCUUUUAGGAUUAUCAUCAGGUUCGGGAAGGACUUCAUCUUCCACAUACACCACCAGCAGUUCUUUGAAGUCACUAGCAUCAGCGACAACGACAUGCAUAGCUGGCACUACCACCACAACACCAACGGUGACGAUAACUACUGCUACUACCACAACCACAAGCCUCCCCAGUAGUGAAACAACAACAAGUAACAGCAAUGGUGUUAGUGGUGGUACUGCACCCACUGUCUUCACCAGUUCAACUCCAACCAGUUAUGUAUCCAGUCAUGUAACACGGGGACCCGGGCGAAGGCUUGGACACCAUCUUCAUGAAACACCAGCUAAAAGAAAAGCCAGAUUAAAAGAGUUGAUUAAACAAUGUGAAGAUGAAGAACUGAUGGAAAUUGUGCUUCCUCGCCUGGCUACUGUGAUUACUGUUUGGGAGUUUCUUUUAAUGAAGGUAGAAAAGGGACGCCCAUCAAAACCUCAGAUUCCUGACAUCUUCAAAGAGUUUGAAAAUUUACACAAACGUGUUCAAAAAAUAUGUCAAAAGUAUCUUGUUCCUGUCUCCGAGCGAGAUGGUCAUUUGGAAGGAAGCACUUCAAGUAGACUAAAUGUGCAGAAUUCUGCUGUUGCAAAAUCUCUUGGUUUGUCUGUUGGGAUGUAUGAUGUAAAAGAAGUUCCAGUUCAAGAAGAAAAAACAUUCCAGUACAAGCUGCUGACCACUGAUCCUUCCAGUUUAAACAUCAUACCUGGUCAGACCAAUAAACGGACAAUAGAACUGGUCACUCAAGAGCAACUAGUGAGCCAGACACCCAACAAAAAGAUCCGAGUGAUCAAUUUGAACUCUGCCGACUUAUCUGAAUUGUCUCAGUUCUCUCAUGGGACCUUACCCAACCCAGCUGAGCGGUAUCCAGUUCAGAGGGUAAACAACACAAAUAACCUAACCCAGUUAUCUGCCCUGCCCACACCCCUUCCACCUCCAUUACCACCUCCUCCCCCUUCCUCUCUUCCACCAGUAUCAUCUUCAUUGACAGAUAAUACAAACAACACACAGCCCUUAGCAGUAGCAACAAAUUGUGAUAGCAUGAAUAGUAAUGACAUUAGCAACAGUAGUGGUGAAGGUAGCAACAGUUGUAAGGUUGCUGUUAGCAAUUGCGAAACAGUUCCUGUCAGAACAGUUGUUUGUGUGAAUACCAAUUCCAAUAAUGACUCAGUCGGUCAGUUGGCUCAGGAUGGACUAAAUAACGAACUGAACGUUACUACUAGCUUAGUGAACGGCAUCAACAAUGCCAACACCACCACGGUCGUGCUCCCUGUUACUGUAAUGACUCAUCCACCGACUACAGAAGUAAUAGCUGUUUCUUCACCUCUCUCUGUGUCAUCAAAAAGUGACACGCCUGGAGAAGGUGAUAGUACAUCAAGGAAAACUAUUACAACACCUAUGGACAUUGGAGCUGUUGUCGGUGACAUUCAGACUCACUCUCAACAAAACAACAACCUCACUAGUUCUAAUCCUGCAAUCACUUCUGUUACUGAUUCCGUAGACACAUCUGAAUUGGUCAUCAAUAAAGCUAAUCCUCUCACUUCAAAGAUAACGACAGUUGUUACACAGUCCACUCCACUAACUGAAGUAGUAUCAUCACCUGCAUCUUGUCCAGUCACCCACUUGUCCCAAAUUCCUGACACUGCUGCUCAACAGACUCUGCAAAACCUAACCAGUACAACGACAACGAUGGUUGCUGCUCCUGUGCCAUGUGUUGAAGAGCAUGUGGUCGAGGUCCCUGUUGCCAUGGAGCAAAAUAUGCCGAUCUCUGCUGCUGUUUCCACGGCAAGUGUAUUAGGUUUAGAGCAUUUAAAUUCUUCUGAGGCUCAUACUUUGAAGGCCAGGACGUUUGAAUCAAUUGAGCAGCAACCAACUGAGCUGGUAAAUACAGGGCAGAUAAUUUUUGAGGACAGUGUUGUGACAUCGGAACAGCUGGUGUCACAGCCAAACAUUUUCCAAACUGAGGAUGGUAUUAUAAUUAUUCAAAAACCAGAUGGCACCACUAUGCAGAUUCAGGGGGAGCAGACUAUAUCACUGGAAACUGUACAGGCUGUCUUUGCUAUGGACACUGAAGAUCAAAUGGAACGACUAGCAUCGGUGCAGCAGCCCACUACAGAUCUGGAGGGACAGCAGUAGAUUGUUGAUAUAAUUAUGUUGUUAUUAACAUUUCAUUUCAUCAAAAGCAAAAAAAAAAAAAAAAGAAGAAAAUAUGUAAAAGUUUGUUGAAGCUUUCAGUAUUUCUCACAUUUAUCCAUCUAACUCUCUCUCUGUUCAAUGCUCUUUCUGUUUGUUGGUUGUACAAGUUACCACUCUGUAUCUCUUUUUUUCCCCCUCCUCAUACACACACAUCUUUAUUCUUUUGUUUCUCCAUCUCAGUGUUGCUCUCACUUCCUUGCUCUUCUACUAGCCCACCCACUCUCUCUUUCUCACUCUCUCUCUCUGUCUACAUAUAUUUAUGUGUAUAUAUAUAUAUAUAUAUAUAUAUAUAUAUAUAUAUAUAAGCCUGUCAUUUUCUUGGAUGUUCACACAUCCCUGUCUACCUCCUUUCUCUUACACAGACUCUUCCUCUUUGUAUUAUUUGACUGAAUGACCGUUGUUUGUAUACAAAUAAAAGAGAUUGCUAUGCAAGUAUUGUAUAAGAAAUAUAAAAACCCCCAUCGACACACACUUAGACUCCUCAUGUACAUAUGUCAUACACACAUGCACACACACAAACACACACACACACACCAUUACAUUUCUAUAUUUUUGAGAUGAGUUUGUUUUCUAGGAUAAUGAAGAAUUGAUUGGACAUGAACUUCCAACUUUCAUGUUUAAAUUUCUGCUGUAUUUCAAUUGGUAUAUUUUCUGGUCGUGUCAUAUUUAAACUUUUAUUGUAAUUCACAGGUUAUGUUGUUUGUAAUGUUUCUUAACUAUUUUAUUAGAAGCAUUGAGACCUAACAGAAUUCACAAGUUCAUUUUAUAAAGACAAAAAAAAAAAAAAGAGAGAGAGAGAGUACACCUUUGAA